UGCCCAAACUAAUCGGGCCAAGGCUACCAGACUAUUAACCCUCAAUCCACUUAUUCGACCGGACCAAUGGACUAACCCGCUUGAAACCUUACUAAAUACUAAUAUAGUUAACAAUGAACUAAUAAAAGAACAAAUGAUUCACAAACUUUAAUAUCGCAUAGUAGUAAACAUCCAUUGUAAAUUUGUAAUCAAGUGUGGUUAGGGUUGCAAAUGAGCCAAGCCGCUCGCGAGCAACUCGGUGUUUGAAUUGGUAAAACUCGUUCGACACUCAACUCGUUAUUUAACAAGCCAACUCACGAGCCGACUCGUUAGUAAACUAGCCAAGUUUGAGCUAGACCAUGUUCAGCUUGAUAAGCUCGUGAGCUAGCUUGACUCGGUGACUUGUUGAGCUAAGCUCACGAGCUGGCCUGUUGAGAGCUUGUGGAAUGAUUAAUUACUCUUCUGAUCAUGAACAUUAUCUUGUUAAUAUGAAUGUGUAUGGAAGUUAGCUGUGAUUUUUAGUUUCUAGUGUUCUUUUUAUCAUUUAAAUUCUUAUUUUAUACACAUUUUUCCAGCUAGAAUGAUUUCAAAUCGAGCUCAUCUUGAGUUGAGUUUGUACUCAACUUGACAAGCUGUGUUAAUGAGCAUUUACCGAGCUCUACCGAAUCGAACUCGAGUUGGAUUAUUUUUAAUCGAGCCGAACUCGAGUUAGAUUAUCAAAAUUCGAGUUCGAGCUAAAAAAUUUACAAACGAACCGAGUCCAAACUAAGCAAAAGCUUGAUUCGACUCGGCUCGUUUGCAGCGGUGUCGUACAGAGCCAAGAGUCGACUGCUCUUUAUUAAGAACCCUAGUAAACCAAUAAUCAUGCUGAAGAGGUUGAAAAGAAAAGACGAGUGGGACAUUCAAUUAUCUAUCACAGUCAAAGGCCCAUACGCUGAAGCACUGAAACAAACAAAAGCAAGUCUUCUGCACUGCCCUCUUCUACGCCCUCCUCAUCAAUUCAUUUCAUGCAUUUAACUCUUCCCCUGCCUCUUUUCAAAACCCCAUUCCACACUUUCCUGUCAGCAAGAAGAAAGAAAAGCAAAAAAUACCCAUCCAUUACCACCACCGAAUAUUUGUUUUUACAGCAAACGGAAAAACCCAGUGGCCAUUUUACAUUUCCACUGCAUUCCUUCCAAAUCAGUUGAAUGAAAAGGGAAAUGGGAAAAAGGGGAAAGGAAAGGUCCCCUUCCCUACUUUAUGAUGUCCAAUUUGCUUACCACUUCUCGUGUUGUUCCUUUCAAUUGUCAGCCCUCCCCACUCUGUUUUCAAUUUUCGUUUCACUCUCUCUCUCUCUCUCUCUGUUCUGUGAAAAAUGGGUCAGCUAGCUGGGCCUGGCUGCAGUCUUGCAUUGGCUCGAUUCUCCAUCCCCUCUUCUUCGUCUCCCUUGCUGCUUGCAAAAAACUACUACUACUCCAUUUAUGCCACCAUACCAAACAUUUUUAGCCAAAGAAUUCCUUCAGAUCCCAUUUCUGUUUUUCCUAUUUGCGUUCUCUUGCUCUGUUUUGCUCUGCCUCUCCCUCUGUAAAAUUUUGUUUGCAGCUUCUUUUGAUCUUCUCCCUCCCUCCCUCCCACCAGAAACUGAAACUGAUUUCUCACAUUUGGGAUUACCCUCCUCCUAAAGUUUUCUUUUUUACUGCUGGUUGCUGAGUUCUGACCUUCUCUCUCUUUCUUCCUCUGUUGCAUAUGACUUCAUGGUGACAUGAAAAGGGUUAUUUAUUUUUUGCCCACAAAAUGAGUUACCCUCCUCCUCCUCCUCCACCUUCUCCUGCUCAUCACCUUGUUCAUUAUCAUCAGCCAUUUCACCCAGCAGUUAUUACUACUGCUGCAAUUUUGUGGCUCUGCAUUAUUGCUAUCCAUUCUCCUCAAGUUUCCUGCUUUAACGACCUUCCUCAACAGUCUUCACCGCCCUCUUCUCCCGCCAAGGGUUUGUUGGUGGAGGAGGAGAAGUCAAGAUUGGGAUCAACACCGCCGAGUUGCCACAACAAAUGCAACAGCUGCCAUCCUUGCAUGGCGGUCCAAGUCCCCACCGUGCCGAGCCACGCCCGAGUUCAACCGGGUCCAUCUUCACGAAUUGGCACCACCGAGUCGUUCGACCCGUACUACAACCCUCCUGGCAACAGGUACUCCAACUACAAGCCACUCGGGUGGAAGUGUCGCUGUGGUGAUCAUCUCUACAACCCUUAAAUCACCGUCACAAUUCUUUCUUCCUCAAUCCCGAUUAAUCAACUUUCUUGUCUAUAGUCGUUUCUUCUCUGUUUUCAACUUUGAUCGAUAGUACUAGUUAGUUAGGAGAAAGAGGGAAGGAAGAAGAAGAAGAAGAAGAAGAAGAAAAGGAAAGUUAGCUGGGUAGUGAUGAGUUUUGUCCUGUAAUUUUGUAUACCAUUUUGUUGCAUCUUUGCAUACUGUAGUAUCUACUACCUGUACAUACGAUUUGCCACAUGGGAGGGUUUUUUUGGUUCGUUUCUCUGCGUCUUAUUAUCUGUUGUACAUAUUGCGUUCAAUAGGAUUUUUGCCAAAAUGUCUGGUUGAAAAUGAACCCAACCGUCAUUGUGGUCGACUCAACGAAGGUGAAAAUUUAAAUCUAACAGUCCCAACCACCAAUACGUUACUGUAUUUUGUUUUGGGUCAACACUGGCCCUAUUUCAUUUUUGGGUUUUGCUGAUGAUGCCCUGUUCUGUUAGUACUUUUGAGUUAUCUUCUUGGGAUUUUGCAACCUGAUCUCAUCUCGUCCAAUCCCAUCAACGUGUCUGUCCAUCGGGUAGAGAGAGUAGUAGUUAUGGCUACGUUGGUUUAAUACUUCAAUAAAUGAAUGUAAGAACU